GCAACCACCGCAGACUCCAACUCAUCGGCGUAACUCGUGACGAUCACUGCCUCAUUGGCUGGCGGGCUACGAGGGUGUUGCGAUAACUUCGCGCGACCCGAACAAGCCCGGCCGCACACGCCGAUCCUCCCUCCUCCCGCGCGGGUUGGUGUCCAGCAACGCCCCGUGUCGCUGCUGCAGUGAACACACGCACACAAGAGAGAGAGAGGAGGCCACAGAGUAUUCUAGCCAGGCAGUGAACACUCACACAGAGAGAGGCCAUAGCGUACUCUAACCAGGCAGUGAACACUCACACAGAGAUAGGAGGCACACUCUAGGCCAAGCAGUACAUGCUCACACACACACAGAUAGCGCGAAUUCCAUACAAGCCUCCAUCAUCAUCCCCAUCACGGCAACCGCGCAAGCAUACGCGUACACAGUAGACGCGGCGCCUUACAAAUUUCACGUGUACAAAAAGGAAAGAGGCUCACUUGCAGCGGCUGUAAUUCACGCAGACAGAGACGUGCCCAGGAGCGACAGCCGACACGGCCGGGUUGCGCAGCGGUGCGACUGACGACGCCUGUCUAUGGCUACCUUCGCGAGCAGAGAUGUCGACGGCUUGGUGGACAUGGGCUCGGAUCAAUCGAGCCCGGAGCGCGACAGGGAGAGCCCCGACUGCAAACCGCCCCUGGGGAUCAACUGCGUUACAGGCGGCGGAGGAGGAGGAGGAGGCGGCGGCGGCGGUGUCGAUGCAGACGGCGGCAAGACGGACCCCUCGCAGAAGCCGCCCUACUCCUACGUGGCGCUCAUAGCCAUGGCGAUCCGCGAGAGCUCGGACAAGCGGCUGACUCUCAGCGGCAUCUACCAGUACAUCAUCUCGAAGUUCCCCUUCUACGAGAAGAACAAGAAGGGCUGGCAGAACUCCAUCCGCCACAACCUCAGCCUCAACGAGUGCUUCGUGAAGGUGCCUCGCGAGGGCGGCGGCGAGAGGAAGGGAAACUACUGGACGCUUGACCCCGCGUGCGAGGACAUGUUCGAGAAGGGCAACUAUCGUCGACGGAGGCGCAUGAAGAGGCCCUUCCGACCGCCGCCGAGCCCCUACUCGGCGGGGCAAUUCUUCAACAACGAAGGCCCCUACGCGGGUUACCUAUCGGCCGGGCCGGGCAAGUACCUGCAGCCCACCUUCAACUCGGCGUGGUCACUGCCGUCUCAGACCCCGGCUCACAUGGCCGCCGCUGCCGCGGCCGCCGCGGCCGCCGCCAGCUACUCUUCUCCCUGCCAGAACGGGGGCGUCAAUCACCACCAGCUGAGCGCCCACCACCACCACCCGCACCACCACGCGCACCACCACCCGCACCACCACCCGCACCACCACGCGCACCAUCACGCGCACCAUCAGCUGACGGCGCACCAUCAUCACCAGCAGCAGCAGCAGCAACAGCAGCAACAGCAGCAGCAGCAACAGCAGCAACAGCAGCAGCAGCAACACCACCAUCAUCACCACUCGUCGGCGGGAACCGGAGCGAUCAGUGGCAUAGGUGGUGGUGGUGGAGGAGGAGGUGGUGGUGGUGGUGGUGGCAUUGGCACGGGGCUCGGAGGAGGAGGAGGCAGUAUCGGAGGUGGCGGUGCUGGCGGCGGUGGUGUGGUGACCUCGGGUGUUCCCGUAGUAGGUGGUGGCGGCGGAUCGUCGGUACCGGGAGCCGGCGGGCAUCACCUCUCCGGGCACGCGGCCGCCGCGGCGGCCGCCGCCGCCGCUGCCGCGGCCGCAGCCGCCGCGAGCUACAGCCCCUACCCUCGGGUGCCGGCCGUGUCUCUGUCGGGCGGGGUGCUCAACUCGUACGGCCACGGCUCCCAUCCGCACUCGCACCAGCAGCUGAGUCCCGGCGGGGCCGGCACCGGCGGAACGGCCAACGGGCUGCAGUUUGCUUGCUCGCGGCAGACCGACCACCUGUCCAGCAUGAUGCAUUGCUCCAGCUACUGGGACCCGGACAAACAGCACGGUGGACUUCACAGCCGUCUCGAUAUAUGAAUAUCUCGAGAUCACAGUAAAGCAGGGGGGAAGGGCGGUUGGAUGGGGGGGGGGGUUUCCUUAUACUAAUUAUUAUAAUUGAUGUUGUUGAUGGGUAAUAAGUAAUGUCCUCAUCUGUAGGUGCCUUACAGGGUUGACGGUAGGGGAAGGAUGGAUAGGGAGAGGAUGAUAGGAGUGGGGAGGAUGUCAGUAUGGAGAACCUGGUCGAGGAUGAGUCGCGUGUGCGUGGCUGCGGAGGUGGUUUUGCGCCACGGGACAGUCACGUAGCUACAUUUUGAUUUGAAGCUUUCGUGACUGCUGUAAUUCAUAUUCUUAGUUCUUUCGGUAAAGUCACGUUG